GUUUUCUAUGCUUAUAUAUAAAUAUGAUUCAUAGAUGUGAAUACAUUUACAAGAAUGCAUUAAAUACAGUUUACAUAUAAUUGUAAUUUACCUUUCUCUUAAAUGAAUUUUUAAAGAUAAACUAAUUUAAAAUAAUAAUGUCAAUUACAGAUAAUAAUUUGACUACAUCUGAAGGUAAACGUUUAGUGGCAGCAAAAAUUGCUAGUGCUGUUUCAAGUGGAGGUAGUCCAGCAAGAGUAAUUAAUGCAUUUAUACAAGUAAAAGAUUAUCAAGGAUUAGAUAAAUAUUUAAGUAAACAUAAAGUUCCAACUGAUAUAUUAACUGCAUCAUUACAAAGUGCAUGUAUGAGAUCAGAUAGUGAAGCUGUUGGUACAUUUGCAAAACAUGGUGGUAAUGUAAAUCAUACUGAUCAAUUUGGAACUACUUUAUUACAUUUUGCUAUGCGUGGUGGUGGUGAUGAAAAUGUUAUUAAAGCAUUAGUUGCACAUGGAUUAGAAUAUCAUUCAUGGAGAUCUGCAGGAAUGCCUUUAUUACAUUGGUCUUGUAGUACUGGAUUAAUCAAUUUAGUUGAGUAUUUAGUUGAACAUGGAACAGCAUCAUUACAAGAAGCUGAUGAAAAUGGACGUCUACCUAUUCAUGUAGCAGCAGUAUUUGGUCAACCAGUUAUUUUAUCUUAUCUCAUACGCGUUUUAUCUACUCGUCUUCAUCCACUUAACAUUCCAGCUCAAUUUUUAUCUGCACUGAAUGAAGAUAAUGAAUGUUCUUUGGAAGAGGAAGAAUCUGAAGACAAUGUAAAUAUGAAACAAAAUGAGAACGCAUUUCAUUGUAAACUACCUGAGGCUGCAAACAAUUCUUCAGACAGUUUUAAAACAAGUAUCAUGAAAACGAUUGCAGCUGCAAAUUAUCUCGAUAUGAAUCACUGGACUCCGUUACACCAUGCAAGCUGUGAAGAUGCUGUGAAUUAUUAUUACGAUUGUAUAAAAAUUCUAUUAGAUAAUGGAGCUGAUCCAAUGUUGCCUACUUCACAAGGAAAAACCGCAUUAGAUUUAGCAUAUGCUGCUGGUAGAUCACAAUUGUUAGUUGAUGUAUUGCCAAAGAAACAAUUAAUUGCUUUACUGAUGCUAAUCGAUGAUAUCGUUCCACUGAAAGUGAGAAAACGACUAUCCGAAGAGGAAAGACUAAAAGAACGUACUGGAUUAGGUGGUAUGACAGCUAGUGAACCAUACUCCGUAAUGAGUGCCAAAAGAGAACCUAGCCCAGGUUUAAGUGCUGGUAUGCAUAAAGCAUCUCGUAAAGGUUAUUCAUUUAUUCGUCGUUUAGCUGAUAAAAUGGAUACAACUGAUGUUAGCAAAGGUCAGUUGGGAAAUUUCACAAAAACUGUUAAAGUCGAUAGUACAAAUAUAAUGAGCAUAUGGCGCAAGAUUUUAUUAAAUGAUAAUGUAGAAUUAUUAGAAACACUAAGAGAUUCUCUAGCCUGGAGACAAAGCAAAUCAAAUACUUCAACACUCCCUACAGAUUUUAGCAAAAUAAGUGAUAGUAUAACGAUGCCUACAGAUCACAUUUCAUUAGAUGAUUUUGAAACUGCACAACAAAUUAGCCUAAAACAAAUGUCUGAACUAUUUUCUGACUGUUACGAAAAUGGUACUGGUGUUUUUACACACGUUCAAGGUGCAUUUCAAGAAAACUUAAAAGCUCAUGAUUUUCGAACUGUUCUACAAUCAAUGAGCGGUUUACUUACUUUCAAAUCAUUAAGUACCAAUAAAAUUGUGAUUCUUCGUCCAAUGCAUAGAUCAUUGUUAUUCUUAGCAAUUAUUUGUGGACGAUUUCGUGUCGUUGAACAAUUAAUUCGAAUGAGACAAUUUGAUGUUUUACCAGCAGCUGUUUUGGUGACACUUAUUCUUCGUCGACUUCACAAAGAACCUACUUUUCCUCAACAAAUGUUAGGUGAACUAAUCACUUUUGCUGACCGAUUAGAAGCUAUCGCUGUUGAUGUACUCAAUUUAGUUUUUCUUAAAGACAACACUCCAGAAAAAAUGAUAUGUCGUUCAAUGUUGAAUGCACCUUUGCGUACAUUCGGAGGAAUUUCAUUAAUAGAUUUAUGCGCCAAAGCUAAAUGUACUAACGUAUUAAGCUUAUCUUGCUGUCAAAGACUUCUGGAUGAACGAUGGCACGGGGUUUUGAUUUGUUUGCCUAUAUGGAUGAGAUGGACAUGCAAAUUUUUCCCUGUGGCUGGGCUCUUUUAUUUUGAAUACAGAACGAAAAAAGAACUUAAACGUGCAGAAUUGAUAAGAAAUAUAACAGCCAAUGCAGCAUUAGGUGGUAAAGUGACUCCAAACUUACUCAGUGAUUCAGCAGGUCGUACAGAAUCAAAAUCUACUGGGAAUAUUAUAGCUAAAGUUUUCCCUGCCACACCUCAAUUACCUAACAAUCCAUUAACCAUAAAGCGCACAAAGCCACUGAAAGUUCAGAACACCAUCUCUGUCCAUUCAUCUCAAGGCCCUAAACCACAUGUAAGUAUUUACGAACGUAUGUCAAAUCAAUUUGGAUGGACCUCUUCACCAAGAUUCCAUUUUGUUACAGGAGUUUAUUUGUCACCUUCAAUGAAAUUCUGCCUGCACUCUUUAUUUCAUUUAUUAUUCUUGAUGUUGUUUUCAGUUGUAUGUGUAUAUAAUCUACAUUUUUCCUGUAGUCGAAUGGAAGUAGUUUCUUUAUCUUAUGUAUUGGGUUAUGCAUUUGAAGAGUUAAGACAGCUGAUACUUGAAGCAUCUCGAGAUGGAUUCAGUGAUUAUUUAAGAGAUGGUUGGAAUUGGAUCGAUGUGUUUGCAAUUACUUUGACAUUUAUUGGAUUUUGUACAAGAAUGAAUGUGGUAAAUAAACAUGGAUCAGAAUUCGAAGAAGCUCAUGAUGUUAUACUUUAUACAACUCGUAAUCUUUAUAUGCUUGGUCUAAAUCUUUUUUACAUGAGAACUCUACAUAUUACUUCAAUUUCACCAAUUAUUGGUCCACGACUUAAAAUGAUGGCUGAUAUGUUACGUAAAGAUUUGAUACCAUUAUUAAUAGUAUUUGCAAUUUUCAUAGUCUCUUAUGGAGUAUGGUUUCAAGGAUUAAUAUAUCCAAAUAGUUUUUAUGAAACACAUGGGCAACGUCAAAAUAAACAUUUAAUGAACAGCACUGAAUUAUCACGUCAACGUGAUAUGCAGAGACUUGGAGUGCUUAUGUCAUUUAGUGAAUUAUUUCGACGCGCCUUCUAUAGUAUAUUUGAAGUGAGCAUUGUUUUAGAAGAAGAGACAUGUGAAGAUAAUAAAUAUUGUGGCAGUGAAUUAGGAUUUAAUACAGUUAUAUUUUUUGUUCUGGUGCUAUACGUUGGAAUUGUUAAUAUUAUCUUAAUCAAUCUACUUAUUGCAUUGUUCAGUAAUACAGUAUCAAGAAUUGAUCAAAAGUCAACAGCACAUUGGUUAGCUGGACGUUAUAAAAUGGUUAAAGAAUAUAGUGAACGAACAUUAUUACCACCACCAUUCAAUACAUUAUGCAUAAUUUAUGAAUUAUUUCGUUGUUUCUACAUUGGUACUAGUCAAUGCUUUUGUAAGGAUAUAAAAUUUCCAUUUGGAAGAAAUAAAAAAUUGUUUAAAACUGAGUCGAAUGAUGACUUGGAGGAACAAGAAAAUGAAUCACCUGAUGAAGAGAAUAGUAAUUUGAAAAAACAUUUAACUAGAGAAAACCAACUAAUUAAAAUUAAAGAAGAGAAUAAUAGACGAAUUAAAUUAUUAAUGGGUGAAUCAGAUGAUCGUGGUAAAUUAUAUAAACAAGAAAUUGACGCCGUAUUAAAAUUCAUUUUAAUACAAAGUUUUGCAUUACAAAAUAGUAGGCACACAUUGGGCACAGGAGUUAGUUUUAGAGGACCAUAUACCAGUCAAAAUACAAGCAGUUCUGAUGGAACAACUAAUAAUGAAAGUAUACAAUUACGUAAUAAUCAAAUAGAUAGUCGAUUAGAACGUAUUGAAGCUAUAUUAGAAAAAGUUGUUGAUCGUGUAAAUCAAAUUAAAAUAACUGAUACAUUAUCCACUCAAGAAACACCAACUAUACGUUCACCUGUUCCUAUACGUAUGCCAUCUGUAAAAUUGACUCAUGCACCUACUGAUGUACAGUUUACAGCUACAAAAAUUCCAACAUCAAAAGAAUUAUUUCAACAACUUAGUGAUGAAUUUCGAAAUGAAACUGAAACAAAUACACAAUCUCUUAGCAGUAAACCACCAUCUAUCAAAAUACAAAAAUCAUUAUAAGACACUGUAGUUUAUUUUUUGAAAAAAAACUCUUAAUAACCUAUGCAAUUAAAUAAGCACAAUAAAAACUGGGUUUCUUUCUCACUAUAUACAGAAUACAGGCAAAUCUAAAAAUCUAUCAUAUUCAUACUAUAGAGAAUUAUUUUCUAGUACAGUUACUAUUUAUUCUUUAAGAAGAAAUAUUGAGAAAAAUUUAACAAAAUAAAAGUAAUAUGAAAUGUAAUGUCAUAAACAAUUGAAAUAAACAUUAGAAUUUCGAUAAUGCAAUAAGAAGACAAAGUUUAUCAGAAUGAUGUGAUAUAUUUGCUCAAUACAUUUCGAACAAUCUAAUCAUACAUAAUACACUUGUUAAGAACAUUUAUAAAUGAAAACUAAAAGGUCAACUAGACAGAUUAAAGGUAAGCCGUAACAAAGAAAAAAAAUAAUCAUAAAGUACACAAAACACAAAUGUGAUUACCACUUUAAUAUUUUUUCCUUUUUUACCUUUAAACCUGUCUAGUUGACCUUUUAAUUUUCAUAUAACAAAUGUCUUAACAAGUAUAUGUGUGAUCAGAUUGUUCGAAA